CGAUGUCUCUCGUUCCAUUUCCUGCCUCUGAAGCAACAGUGUCUGUCUGGGCGAGAGAGCACUUCGUGCAAUUUAGAAACUCGAUAGGAGGCAGCAGCUGAUCUCAGACCACCCUAAAAAUAAUUCGUGGCCGGGCUCUACGUGCUUCACUAGCGAAGGCAAACUCUACCAUCCGAGUUAAUACUUCUAUAGUAAGAGGGCAACACGGGUUCUUAAAAAUUCUUUUAAGACAAAAGAAAAUCAACAGGAAAAAAUGAGCCUUUCUUUUUGUGGUGACAACAUUUCUUCUUAUGAUAUCAAGGAGGGUGUAUUACAAAAUGCCUGUUUUGUGGAUGCCCUUAAUCUGGUCCCUCAUGUCUUCCUGUUAUUUAUUACUUUUCCAAUAUUGUUCAUUGGGUGGGGAAGUCAAAGUUCAAAAGUACAAAUUCAUCACAACACUUGGCUUCAUUUCCCUGGACAUAACCUGAGAUGGAUUCUUACAUUUGCUCUCCUAUUUGUGCAUGUUUGUGAAAUAGCAGAGGGCAUUGUUUCGGAUGCACAAAUGGAAUCUCGUCACCUUCAUCUUUUCAUGCCUGCUGUCAUGGGAUUUGUGGCCACUACUACAUCUAUAGUUUAUUAUCACAAUAUUGAAACAUCAAACUUUCCUAAGUUGCUUUUAGCCCUCUUUCUUUAUUGGGUUAUGGCCUUUAUCACAAAAACAAUAAAAUUAAUUAAGUACUGUCAGCUUGGUUUGGGAGUAUCUGAACUUCGCUUCUGCAUCACUGGAAUGAUGGUCAUCCUCAAUGGAUUAUUGAUGGCUGUGGAGAUCAAUGUCAUUAGAGUAAGGAGAUAUGUAUUUUUUAUGAAGCCUCAAAAAGUAAAGCCUCCUGAAGACCUUCAAGAUUUAGGUGUGAGAUUUCUUCAACCAUUUGUGAAUUUGCUUUCAAAGGCUACAUACUGGUGGAUGAACACACUUAUUAUAUCAGCUCACAAAAAGCCUAUUGAUUUGAAAGCAAUUGGAAAACUACCUAUAGCAAUGAGGGCAAUGACAAAUUAUGUUUCCCUUAAGGAUGCAUAUGAAGAGCAAAAGAAAAAAGCAGCAGACCAUCCCAAAAGAACUCCUUCUAUAUGGUUAGCAAUGUACAAGGCCUUUGGGAGACCAAUCCUACUGAGUAGCACAUUCCGCUAUCUGGCUGACUUAUUGGGCUUUGCUGGACCUCUUUGUAUUUCUGGAAUAGUUCAGCGUGUAAAUGACACUACAAAUUCCACAUAUUCAGCAACUAGAUCUUCAGGUUCACUUACCUCAAAGGAAUUUCUUGAAAAUGCUUAUGUGUUAGCUGUUCUUCUGUUCCUGGCCUUGAUUCUACAAAGAACAUUUUUACAGGCCUCCUACUAUGUCACUAUAGAAACUGGCAUUAAUCUUCGUGGAGCUUUGCUGGCUAUGAUAUACAAUAAGAUCCUGAGGCUUUCUACAUCUAAUUUAUCCAUGGGUGAGAUGACUCUGGGACAAAUCAAUAACUUGGUCGCCAUAGAAACUAAUCAGCUCAUGUGGUUCUUGUUCCUGUGUCCUAAUCUAUGGGCCAUGCCUGUUCAGAUCAUAAUGGGAGUGAUUCUGCUCUAUAACUUACUUGGAUUAAGUGCGUUGGUCGGUGCAGCUGUCAUAGUGUUGCUUGCGCCAAUUCAGUACUUCAUAGCUACAAAGUUGGCAGAGGCUCAGAAGAGCACUCUGGAUUAUUCUACUGAAAGGUUGAAGAAAACAAAUGAGAUACUAAAAGGCAUCAAACUUUUAAAGCUGUAUGCUUGGGAACAUAUAUUUUGCAAAAGCGUAGAGGAAACAAGAAUGAAGGAACUUACCAGUCUCAAAACCUUUGCACUUUACACAUCACUUUCUAUUUUUAUGAAUGCAGCGAUCCCCAUAGCAGCGGUUCUUGCAACUUUUGUGACUCAUGCUUAUACAAGUAAAAAACUAUUAAAACCAGCAGAGGCCUUCGCUUCCUUGUCACUCUUUCAUAUCCUGGUCACACCUCUUUUCCUGCUUUCCACAGUGGUCAGAUUUGCAGUCAAAGCCAUUAUCAGUGUUCAGAAGUUAAAUGAGUUUCUCUUAAGUGAUGAGAUUGGUGAUGACAGCUGGCGAAGUGGUGAAGGUUCUCUAACCUUUGAGUCUUGUAAGAAACACACAGGAGUACAAACUAAAACUAUAAACAGGAAGCAGCCUGGAAGAUAUAACCUGGACAGCUAUGAACACUCAAUUAGACGAAUUCGUCCAGCUGAGACUGAAGAUAUUGCAAUUAAGGUGACAAAUGGGUAUUUUUCAUGGGGGAGUGGUUUAGCCACAUUAUCCAAUAUAGAUAUACGAAUCCCAACAGGUCAACUUACAAUGAUUGUGGGUCAAGUAGGUUGUGGAAAAUCUUCCCUUCUUCUUGCAAUACUUGGUGAAAUGCAAACACUAGAAGGAAAAGUUCAUUGGAGCAAUGUAAAUGAAUCAGAGCCUUCUUGUGAAGCAAUCAGAAGCAGGAGCAGAUACUCUGUGGCCUAUGCAGCUCAGAAGCCCUGGCUACUGAAUGCUACAGUGGAAGAAAAUAUUACUUUUGGGAGUCCUUUCAAUAAGCAGAGGUACAAAGCUGUCACUGAUGCCUGUUCCCUUCAACCAGAUAUUGAUUUGUUACCAUUUGGAGACCAGACUGAAAUUGGAGAAAGGGGGAUUAAUUUAAGUGGAGGUCAAAGACAAAGAAUCUGUGUAGCUCGAGCUCUCUAUCAAAACACCAACAUUGUCUUCUUGGACGACCCAUUCUCUGCAUUGGAUAUUCACUUGAGUGAUCAUUUGAUGCAGGAAGGGAUUUUGAAAUUUCUACAAGAGGACAAGAGGACACUUGUACUUGUGACCCACAAAUUACAGUACCUGACACAUGCUGAUUGGAUCAUAGCUAUGAAGGAUGGUAAUGUACUAAGGGAAGGAACUUUGAAGGAUAUUCAAAACAAAGAUGUUGAGCUUUAUGAGCACUGGAAAACACUUAUGAAUCGCCAAGACCAAGAAUUAGAAAAGGAUAUGGAAGCUGACCAAACAACCUUGGAAAGAAAAACUCUCAGAAGAGCUAUGUAUUCAAGAGAAGCCAAAGCACAAAUGGAAGAUGAAGAUGAAGAGGAAGAAGAAGAGGAAGAUGAAGAAGAUAACAUGUCCACUGUAUUGAGACUCAGGACUAAAAUGCCAUGGAAGACUUGCUGGAGAUACCUUACUUCUGGAGGAUUCUUCUUCCUUUUUUUAAUGAUUUUUUCCAAACUACUGAAGCAUUCAGUUAUUGUGGCUAUAGACUACUGGCUAGCUACAUGGACAUCUGACCUUAAUGGAAAGGAUAGCAUAAGUGGUUUUCAGUCUUAUUAUGUGGCUGGAUUUACUAUCCUUUGUGGAACAGGUAUUUUCCUUUGCCUUGUUACAUCUCUUACUGUAGAAUGGAUGGGCCUCACAGCUGCCAAAAAUCUUCACCACAACCUCCUCAAUAAGAUCAUUCUUGGACCAAUCAGGUUCUUUGAUACAACACCCUUGGGGCUGAUCCUAAAUCGUUUUUCAGCUGACACAAAUAUUAUUGACCAGCACAUCCCUCCUACUCUGGAGUCUUUAACCCGCUCAACUUUACUCUGCCUGUCUGCCAUUGGGAUGAUCUCAUAUGCGACCCCUGUAUUCCUGGUUGCUCUUGUACCUCUUGGAAUUGCCUUUUACUUCAUUCAGAAAUACUUCCGUGUGGCCUCCAAGGAUCUCCAGGAGCUUGAUGACAGUACUCAGCUCCCUCUGCUUUGUCACUUUUCAGAAACUGCUGAAGGCCUCACCACCAUUCGAGCUUUUCGGCAUGAAACCAGAUUUAGGCAACGCAUGUUAGAGCUGACAGACACAAACAACAUAGCCUAUUUAUUUCUCUCAGCUGCCAACAGAUGGCUGGAGGUCAGGACGGAUUAUCUGGGAGCAUGCAUUGUUCUCACUGCAGCUGUUGCAUCUAUUGCAUCGAUUACUGAAACAUCUUAUUCUGGUCUAGUAGGAUUGGGCCUCCUAUAUGCACUUACGAUAACCAACUAUUUGAAUUGGGUUGUGAGAAAUUUGGCUGAUUUGGAGGUCCAAAUGGGAGCAGUAAAAAAAGUAAACAGUUUCUUGACAAUGGAGUCUGAAAACUAUGAAGGAGCAAUGGAUCCAUCUCAAGUUCCAGAACAUUGGCCACAGGAAGGAGAGAUCAAAAUUCAUGAUCUGUGUGUCAGAUAUGAAAAUAAUCUCAAACCAGUUCUUAAACAUGUUAAGGCUUAUAUCAAACCAGGGCAAAAGGUGGGCAUAUGUGGUAGGACUGGAAGCGGAAAGUCCUCAUUAUCACUGGCUUUCUUCAGAAUGGUGGAUAUCUUUGAUGGAAAGAUUGUCAUUGAUGGAAUAGACAUUUCUAAACUCCCACUACACACCCUACGUUCCAGACUUUCGAUCAUUCUACAAGAUCCAAUACUAUUCAGUGGUUCUAUUCGAUUUAAUUUAGAUCCUGAAUGCAAAUGUACAGAUGAUAGACUUUGGGAAGCUCUAGAAAUUGCUCAACUCAAGAAUAUGGUAAAGUCACUUCCAGGAGGUCUAGAUGCAAUCGUCACUGAAGGUGGAGAAAAUUUUAGUGUGGGACAAAGGCAGUUGUUCUGCCUUGCCAGAGCUUUUGUCCGCAAAAGCAGCAUUCUCAUCAUGGAUGAAGCCACAGCUUCUAUUGAUAUGGCAACAGAAAAUAUUUUGCAGAAAGUUGUAAUGACUGCCUUUGCAGACCGUACAGUUGUAACAAUUGCUCAUCGGGUUCACACUAUCCUGACAGCAGACCUGGUAAUCGUGAUGAGAAGAGGCAAUAUUUUAGAAUACGAUACCCCAGAAAGCCUCUUGGCUCAGGAAGAUGGUGUAUUUGCUUCUUUUGUUCGGGCAGACAUGUGAAAGAAUGCUUGAAUGUGAUUUACAUCGUUAAAGCAGAAUGUAACAACCAUCGUCUGUUUAAUGGAAUCUCUUUUCUAA